AUGAGACGACAACACGAGGAUAAGAGCUGCUUGGAAGAGGAAGUGCUAAUAGCAGAAGGCGUCGCCCCCAGCCGAAAACGAAGGAGAACAAUUGAAGAUGCCUUUCGAUCAAUUUCAAUAUCGCAAAAUCAUACCAAUCCAGUACCGCUACCGGUACCAGUUGGUGGGCGCUUAUCUGUUGUUUCCAAUGAUGACUUUAUGAUAGACGCAGAAGAUGACGAUUCAGAUGACGAUGAUGAAAAUCCAUUGACAGAAAAAGAAAUAGCAGAAAGAGAAAUAAUGAGGGCCCUAGUCUACGGUCUUCGGCCGACACAGCCAGUUCCGCGGCAAGAUCCUGUCGAACGAAUGCUGCAAGAUCUAAUCCGGGGAUCCAUUAGAGAAGCCAUCACCAGACAGACCUCACUGUGCGACAUGGACGUUGAAACUUCUUACAAUCGUCGAUCGGCAACCAUGGAUUUUGUGGAACAGCAGAGAAGACCCAGAUCCAACUCUUUGCCGAACGAGUUUCCGCUGGAUGCAGACGCGGCCAUGGAUAUGUCUCCGAUGUAA